UACGUGUUUUUGUUACUAGAAUAUUGUCCGUCGCGUGUUUGUAGAAAUAACAUGGCUAAAAUACAGUUAGUGUACUUUCAGGUCUGGGGCCGUGGUGAGGCAAUAAGGACACUCAUGGUUGACAACAAUGUGGAAUAUGAAGAAAUUGAUGUUGGGACAUUCGACAACUGGGUGAAGGAAUGGAAACCAAAAAUGGCAUUUGGUCAGUGUCCCUUUUUGAAAGAUGGAGAUGUAGAAAUUGUACAGUCCAAUGCAAUUCUCAGAUAUCUGGCUAGAAAACUGGAUUUGUAUGGUUCUAACAACAAGGAAGCAACAAGAGCGGAUAUGAUCAAUGAUGGAGUGGAAGAUCUUAGAACAGAAUACACAAGGAUGAUUUAUCAAAACUAUGAGAACGGAAAGAGUCCAUUUAUUGAAGGACUUCCAGGAAAACUGCAAUGUUUUGAGAACUUGAUGAAAAGUGGAGAUUAUGUACUUGGAAGCAAGAUCUGCUUUACGGACUAUAAUCUGUUUGAUCUCCUGGAAUGCCUGGUCACUUUGUCUCCGGCCUGUCUUGAUAAAUUUCCAGCAAUCAAUGCCUACCAUGAUCGUAUGAUGAACAGGCCAGGUAUUCAGAGGAGGAGGGCAACUGAACACUUCAAGGGACUUAAGAUUAAUUAUAACGGGAAACAAUGAGGAAACCUGAAAUGGAAGUUGUUUAUGUAACAUUUAUAUGUCCGUGUUUAAAAUUAUUACCUUUUAAUUGGUGGAUAAUUUUUAGUUGACUCUUAUUUAAAAAAACAUAUUAAUUGAAUGUAAGAAUAUAAAAAAAUCAUGAGUUAAAUCUCGAUUAUUUUAAA